AUGAAAUAUGUCAGUACUGUCAAUCAAAUAUUCGUUCCCACUUUUCAUUUAUUCAGUUCAGUUCACUGCUCACGGUUGCUUCUUUCUUCUGCCAAACAUCCAAAACAACAAAAUAAUUGUAAAUUGUUUUUAGAGAAAUGGAAUAUAUUGUUAAAGAAUUAGGCAUUAAAAGUGAUAACAUAUUUUCUACUGUUUCGCCUGAUCUUUUUGCUAUAGUUGUGCACAAUAGUUGGUUGAAGAAAUGGUUGAAGAAUCUAGAUGUUGAUAAUACAGUGAAUAAUAUAGAUUUUACUUUACAAGCAGGAGAAAGUGUACCUUAUCCUUGGCGUAAAAUAUUUGUCAGGGUAUUAAACAAGAGGGUAUCUAAAGUCUUGCCCCUACCACGUUAUAAAUUAAAUGAAAACAACACUGAAUGUGCACUUACAUUCUCACAGUUACUACAGUAUGCUUCUUUAAACAAUCAGAGAAAUCUAUGGAAGGAGUCCUAUAAGAAAUAUUGCCAGAAUAGUGAUAACUCAAAAGAGAGUACAAUUGUCAAUCUUCUAGAACAUGAUCAACUCCUUUCCGAGGUAGUCUUAAGAUUAUAUGGCUGUAACAUUAUUAGAAUUAAGUGCGAUGGAGGAAAACUUAUUGAGUACAAAGAAAUAAUACCCAACAAAUAUGUGUCUAAGUCAUAUGAAACACAUGUCAAUUUAUUAGCAGCUAUGUUUAUAUUGGAGACUGACAAUAACUUCUACGUAAUGUACCAUGGUCAUUACGAGAACAAUCUCUUAGAUUGCCUUAACUUUAGUCCGAGCCUGAUAGACAAGAAUUAUUCUCGUGGCAUGUUCAUUAUAUACCAGUUGCUGAAUGUGUCCAAGGCCAUGUCUGACAGAGGGUUGAGUCUAGGCAUGUUGACAUUGCAAGAUAUUUAUUUAACCGAGAAUCUCUGGCUUCAGAUAUUGCCCAUAGUUACGAAUAAUGUGCAUUGUUUGGAUGCAUCACUAAUUUAUGAGCAGAAUAAAAGUAAACAGAGUACACCGGCUGUCAGCAGCUGUCAAGGCACCCAGGCAAACAAAGGAGAAGAAUGGUGUUGGAGGAAUGAAGCUGUCCAAUUAGAGAAAUUGUGCAUGCUCUGGGUCAGGGGUAGAAUUUCAAACCUUGAUUACCUACUGCACCUCAACACACUAGCAGGCAGGCAUGCUAAUGAUCUCCAGGCCCAUUUUAUGGUUCCUUGGGUAACUGACUUUCAUUCAAGAUGUGGUAAGAAUUGGCGGGACUUAACCAAGUCGAAAUAUCGCCUCAACAAAGGCGAUAGGCAGCUAGAUAUGACAUACGAAGUGAACUGUUCAGAUCAGAUACCUCACCAUGUGUCCGAUGCGCUUACCGACAUCACCUGUUAUGUGUACUUGGCUCGCAGAACACCAAAGGAGGUAUUGUGCAAGUACGUGCGCAAUAAAUGGGUGCCGGCAGAGUAUCCCGCGUCCAUCCAGCGCAUGCAGGAGUGGACGCCAGACGAGUGCAUACCAGAGUUCUACACCGACCCUACCGUCUUCAAGAGUAUACACGAAGAUUUGCCGGAUUUGGGGAUACCAUCGUGGGCGACGUGCGCUGAAGACUUCAUAACGAAACAUAGGGAAGCGCUAGAGAGCACGCAUGUAUCGGAAAAUUUACACCAUUGGAUUGAUAUCACCUUCGGAUAUAAACUGUCCGGCGGCGCGUCAGUGAAGGCGAAAAAUGUGUGCCUGUCGUUGGUGGAUGGGCACACGGCGGCGCGGCGCGGCGCCACCGUGCAGCUGCUGGCCGCGCCUCACCCGCCGCGGGCGCCACGCCCACCCGCGCCUCUCCCGCCGCGGUUGCACUGGACGGCACCGCGCGAGCGCGACCGCGACCGCGACAGCAAAAAGUCAGUCAGAGCUGAUACUCACAGUUCAGAGGAGGUGUCCGAUGAAGAAGAAGAAUCUGCUUCUCUCCCGCAGCACGUCUCGCGGCUCAAUAUUCCCCAGCGAGUGCGAUCGCGACAGAAGAGCAGCUCCAGAACUCGUUCUCUCUCCAAGGGCCAGGGUCUGGAUGAUUCUGUAAUAUCCAACGAGAGCCGAGCAUCAUCCCACUCUAGACACUACAAGGUCCAACGAUCUGAACUCGGUAAAGGAGUCAUAUACCUUCCCAAAGAGUUUAACCCGGUUUCUUCAAUACAAGCUAUGGAAUCUCUUGAUAAUUUCCGGACAAAAUGCUUUUUCAGUAAGGCAGAAGAGAAUGAGAGAUGCAAAGAAAAUAUGAUGGCAUUAAACCUUUUCCCGAUGCAGGAGGAGACGAAGAAAAGUGGCAAUACCAGUACAAAGAACAGUUCAGAUGAUACGGCAUUCACCAACCACAUGUUUCUGGCAUCGUACGAUCAGAGUUAUUUAAAAAAAUUCAGCCAGGAUGCUCAUUUAGAAAGUGUCUUCAAAGAAAGGAAGAGCAGAACAUUGAGUACCAGGUAUACUACGGAUGCUGCAGUGUACAAGCAGUUCGUAGCUGAAACUCGCCGGCAGGACAUGUUAGUGAUCGGGUGCCUCAUUGUAGAAAUAUUCCUUCACCACUAUAUGCGUCCACUGAGAACGAACACUAACAAUUUUAUGGACAGAUAUAACAGUUGCAGGACAGUGUUGAAGUAUAACUUCAACUCGCUUCCCAAAAGUGUCAGUUACGUCGCGUCUCUCCUCCUCAAUGUAACACCUCCAAGUUUGAGCUACAAAAAUGAAUUGUGUCCUAAAAUAGACGAGCCCUUGAAGAAAAUUGUAGUGACUGAUAAAGGCCUGCCUCCUCCGACGCCGACGCAGUUGCUUCAACCGCUUUUGAUGCAGCAUUUGAUACCUUUCCCGCCAACCUAUCAAAUUCUAUUCAAGUUGCUCAGCACACUACACGAGUACGAACUGACGAGUAACGAAUUGAGUAUCUUAUACACAUACGAGUGUGAUGGUGUUCAGUGUGAGAAGUACCAGAACGUCGACAAAACAAAGUUGUAUUUUAGCCAAAAGAUUGCUGAAGGCAAAAUUCAAGCUUGUGCCACACAUUUAGAUAUGCUAUUGGAGCAAAUCAACCAUUAUAGUCAAUUCGACGUGCUCGAUAUUUUCGUUGAUCAUUACAUAGAACUGUUAAGAAAUAAAGACACGUCAGUCUUAGCUGCUUGGUAUCUGUUUGACACGGUGAGCAAAGCGUUAGGACCAGCUGAGACGAAGAAAAAGCUUUUGAAGCAUAUACUGAACCUUUACGAGGAUGAUGAUACGAUACUGGAUAAGUCAGAGGAUAAGGUCGCAGGUGAAGAUGCUGUGACAGUGUCUAAUAGCACUACGAGUAAACAAAAAUUCGUAAAGUUGUACCACAAUAUAUUCUUGCUACAACUGAUGGUUAGACUUGGGCUGCAAUGUUUCUUAGAUACCUUCACUCAGCAUCUUGUCGAAGCCGUAGGAGGUUAUAAAGACGACAACUCCGAGGCUAGCACUCCGGGACACUUGUGUCAUAGUCGCUCGAUGGCCAAUAAGAAACCUAGAUACUCAGAUGAUAAUGUUAAAAAUGCAUUGUCCACUACUGCAGACAUAUUUUCACCGGACACUUCGUACGGAUCCGAGCAAAUAGCCACGCCAAUUGUUGAAAAGAGCGCGAUGGAAAUAAUCGAACCAAUAAAAGAAAAGGAGAGCGACAGUAGAAGUGAAACUGAAUUGUUUCAUUUUGAGAGUGACAAAGAUAGAAUUCCGUCCAACAGGAGUAGAAGUAAAUCUCCUUCAAAUUCGAUAGAUUCUGUUAAUUCUAAUCAAGAAUUGGCCGUGAAGACGCCAUCGCCGUCGGCCGAUUUUAUUUCACCUACAAGUGGAAAGAGUUUCACACCUGUUCCUGGCCCGUCCGGUGUAAAAGACCUUAAUGUCGUUGUGACUAAGGAUGAAAGUCCGGAAGCAGCGGAAACAUCCAAGGAACGCGUGUCGCCGCCAAUAGACGUUCCUACGAAACCUAUGUUCACGAGCUAUUUGCAUUUUGGAGAAGAAGAUGCUACUCCUGAUGAAGUGGAAUCGCAAAAGAAAUCUCAUACGGGGGUAGUAAAAGGUCUCGAAUUCAGUAAAAUUUUAGAAAAUAUGCCGCCCUGUAGAAGUUUAAAUGAGGAUGAAUUACAAGUGUUUAAGGAAUCUAAUUAUUGUAAAAUAUCAGAUAUGAGUUCAGAGAGUCUUAUAUGGUUAGCUCACAGGCUCGGUCCAGUACUUACUUGUAGAUAUAUAACAAGAAAUUUGCUCAAAAUGUUGACAUUAUGUUAUAUUGGCAAAGACAACCUGUCCCCGUGGGAUAGUGACGACAGAGACGAGUUUGAUGAGAUAUCAGUCGUGAACAGUCGAGUGAUAGGCGAUAAGAACGCAAUGAAAGUUAUAAAGUGCCUCACUUCUAUUGUAGCAAUGUACGGCGAGCAGCUGAUAAUCUUCCAAUACCUGCCGCACAUGGUCGAGCUGAUCGCGUCGUGCCGGCGGCGGCUAUCAGCGCCGCUAGAGGGCGGCGUGGUCGCGUGCCUGCACCUCGUCAAGUACCUCGUGCCUUAUAUGUCCGAUGUCAAAGUUAUGGAACAGUUGCAGGACACGUUCCCGAAGAGCAUAAUCCAGCCGGCGCUGCGGCUGGCGGCGACGAGCCGCAGCGCGUACCCGAGCGGCGCGGCGGCGCGCGGCGCGCUGGCCCGCAAGCUGCUGGGCGCGCUGCACGUGCUGGCGCUGCGCGUCGGGCCCGCCAUGACGCGCCGCCACCUCGCCGCGCCCGCGCUGCAGAGAUUUUUCUUGGCGUUCGACAAGGCUACGGGUAAAAUUGACAACUGGCCAAAACAAGAGGAGGUCACUGUCGAUAAGACGUCAGAACAGGAGACCCUCGAUCCAAAGAAGGAGGGAUUCCUGGAGAUCCGGCGAGACGGCACAACAGCGGAAUGGACGGUUCGCGAUGGCCGGGCCGUCCGCGCCGACCUGCCCGAUCUGUCGUGCACGCCGCCUGACGUGUCUGAUCGCCCGCCCGACCCUACUACGCUCACGGCUCAGGAGGAGUUACUGAUGGUAUUCAACGAGGAGUUAGCUUACAAAGCAUACAAGAUGUUCGCGAAAUUCAUCGGCGCGGACGCCUUGGAGAAGUGUCUUAAGAACAUUGAUACAAUACACGCUCUAUGCAGAAGUUAUAAAAGGAAUAUUUCCUUAGGCUCUCCUCACCACGUAGAGCGAACGGACAAACGCGUUCAAACCUCACUCAGUGAUGAGCCAAUCAGUCGCAAGACAAUCGACAUCGCAGCCCCAAAGCCCGAUACUGCAACGGACCAUAUAUCCAGUUCGAACAGUUUCGGCUCGAACGUGUUCUUAGUGGGCAACAGGAUAGACGUCGCCAGUAAUGUAUACGAGACCGCCGAGUAUCAAGGCGACGUGUUCGAUGUAGUGCGCUACAAGAUGGAUAAUGGUGUUAAAAUUACUUACGACAGACACCUACGCGGCGACUGGCUGAUAUACUGGGAGCAUGAGAUCGGCCGGGCGGACAAGGACACGCGGUUCAACCUGAAGCAGAUCAAGCUGCAGACAUUCGUGGGACACACGCAGGCAGUCAAGUCUAUAUACUGCCUCGACAACGAGCACAGCUUCAUGAGCGCUUCCAAGGACAAGACGGUCAGACUCUGGUCACUGAGGAACCAGGGCGACGGCAACGCGACCACGUCCUGCAACUGGGCGUACACGGGCCACAAGAAGGGCGUGGUGUCGCUGUCGUUCGUCCCGGCCCUGCGGCUCGCAGUCUCCACCGACUCCGUGCUACACGUCUGGGAUCCCUUCAUGGAGGCAGUCGUCACGCAGGUGGACAACAUAAAGUGUGCGGUGAGCUGCGUGCGGGCGGUGGGCGGCGCGUCGGCGGGCGUGCUGGCCGCCACCACCGACGGCGCGCUGCGGCUCGUCGACGUCCGCGCCGCGCUGCGCUCGCACGAGCUCAAGGUGCCGAGCAGCGCGACGACGUUCGCGCGGUGCGUGUGCGUGGGCGGCGGCGGGCGCUGGGCGGCGGCCGGGCUCGCCGGCGGACACGUGGCCGUGCUCGACCUGCGCACCGGCCUGCCGCUCGCGCACUGGCGCGCGCACGACGGCGAGGUACUUAGGCUGGCUGCUGUGGACGACCACAGGCUGCUGAGCUCUGGUUUGGAUCAAGUGACCGCGCUGUGGAGGGUCGAUGAUGGCGAGCUGAUUGCGCAUCUGAAGGGCAGCACAGAGCCCGUCCACUGCCUCUCCGUCUACUACAACGAACUCAUAUCGGGCACUACCAACAACCGUAUCGGCGUGCACACGUCGCUCGACCAGGACGCCUCGUUUUCCAGCACCAAACUGCGCUCGGACACGUUCAAGGGCGUACUAACAUGCAUGGCAGUGUUGCCACUCAAUAGGUUGUUGUUAUUGGGAAGUGACAAUGGCACUAUUAGUCUGCUUUGCUGAUUUAUAAUGUUUCUAUGUCGGUUAUAUUACAUUGUGCUUUUUAAUGCUAUGGAAUAUCUGUAUAGAUCGAAAAAAAUAUGUAAAAUGUUUUAGACAUCAAUGGCCUUCAAACUGACAUUUAUGACAUAGUUGUGGACAUUUUUAAAAACUUACCUAUCUCCUUCACUACUAUAAAUAAAGAAACAAUUUUUACCUCAAAAUGUUGAGAAUUUAUAUUAAAAUAAAUAAAUUUAUUUUUUUGUUUCAUCAUAUUGGAAAUAAAUUCAGAACAAUUGCAAGAUAGUAAGGUAAAGACUGUCAAUUUUCACUGAAAUUUACAAAUUUUAGGAUAAAAAUAUUUGACACUAUUUAAUAUUUAAUUAUAAUACAAAAUUUUUUACUCGAAAUAUUUUUUAUGUAUAAUUUUUCUGUAAAUAAUCUUUCACUGUAUAUAAAAAAUUUCAAUUUUUGUUAAAAACUGUUCAUUUAUUAUAUUUGAUUUGGUAACACUGACAUUACUCGUCUUGUUAUAUGAAUGAUCUUAAAAUAUAAAAUCUCAAAAAUGAAAUCUAAUAUAACCGACUAGGAAAUUAAAACAAAUAAUACGUUAUAUAAUGGCAAAAUGUCUAUGAUCUCAAUUUAUUCAAAUACACUUUAAUUGGAGAUAAUCUGUUAUUAGUGCAAUGAACAUGAUUUUCCUAAAAUGGCCACUUCUAUUUAACCUGAAGGAACAAUUUAGUUUAGGAUUAUUUUAUAAAGCAUAACAUUAAUCUAUGUUUACACCCCAAAAAUCUAUGGUUGCUGUGAAAAAAAAAAAGAAAAAGCUGUUCCUAAGCUUGUAUCAACAUUAUUAUUUAAAUUAAUCGUAGCAAUAGUUUUUCCAAAAUUAAAAUUGCUACUGUCUUAAAAUAUAGAAGAAUUUAAACAUAUAUUACUACUUAUUAUUCGUAUUUGUUUCAUAUGUAAUUUAAACACGAAAUACUUACAGGUGUUAAAAGAGUGCGCCAUUUUGCGAAAUUCAUUUUUAUAGAAGUCCGUAGGUAUUGAAGCGGCUUGAUUCAAGCAUGCAUACUUUGUUACUUGUAAGACAAAUACUUUAUAGGUAGCAAGAAUAGUAAAUUUUAUUAAGCAUCUUGACCGUCUACGAAACUCAUAAGAUAGAUUCUAAGAUUACAUUAAUGUUACUGUAUUCAUUUCACAAGGUUUAAGACUAAGUAAGUAUAGUAUUUUAAUUUUUUUUUUAUUUUAAAUCAAUCUAUAUAUCACAAAGUGUAAUCAUAGUAUUUACAUCACCAAAUAAUUGUUAUGUAGAUAUAUUACUAUAGACUGAAUAUCACUAUUUUUAUUCCACUAACUUUUUUUUUGUAUUUGAAUAUUAUAAAUGCAUGUGAUGUAUGUCGAUCGUGGCGAAUCUAUGAAUAUUGUAUAAUGCAUGAAUGUAUUUGUUACCACUAAUUGUACGUAAAAUAGUUUAAAUGAAAUUGAUCUACCCAAAUCAGCUGAUAAUGGCAGCGUAACAGAUUAUAUAGUUGUUGUCUAGAUUUAUGUAUUUAUGUCAGAUUCCUUAUGGUGUCGAGGUGAAGAAUGAAUCGAAUGUACAAUGCGCUUUAUUUAAAAAUUACCCUAUAUAAAGGACAAAGCAUUUGUUAUUGUAAAGGCACUAUCUGUAUAAAAUGUUUAGAUAUUACGUUGGAUUGUCUACACAAGGGGCACAUGAGCCUGUUGACAGGUAGUUCUUUGUUGCUGCAUAAGAUAGUACGGUACAGCAAUAUCGGGCAUCUCAUUCUAUCUCAUUCAUUCGUUCAUGAACACCUCUCGUGUACAAGGAAUAUUAUUUUGUCGAUGUUGUUAAAUGAAAAUAGGGAAAUUAUUUAAUAAUCUACAAGAUAAGGCUCUCGGAAAUGCCUAUACGUUUUGCAUGUUAUUCUAUAGGCCCAGAUAAUGUAUUAAAUCAUAAUUAUUCUUCGUUUAUACAAAAUCAACGGCUGCAAAUUAGUUUUAAUAUUUUAUUACCUUUGUUUUUUUUUUUAAUUAAUAUUUUAUGGUUCGAAUCUUUUGCCACAUUAGUAAAUCUCAUAUUAUUAGCUCGCGUCAUAAUAUACCGCAAUGUGGCUAAUGUUGCAUAAUACUUGUUUUUAUAUAAUUUUUUUUUUAAGUACAAAAAUAUUAUUACCAAAGACAUUCCAGUGUAAGAAUUCAAUGCAAUGUAAAUUAUUAGAUUAGAUACAGUUUUUAUUUUUCGUAAAACGAACAAAAUUUUCGAUUUAUUAUUUAUUUAUUUAAGAGAAAUGAAACUAAUUAUUAUGUACGUUAAUCAUAAGUCCGUAAUGCAUGCAUAAAUAAAACAUGGAUUUAAUUUAAAUAUUAUUUAUUAUUAUUAUUAUAUUUUAUGAAAAUAUUAUUAAUUUAAAAUUUUAAAAUGUAGUUUUUUUUUUAAUAAAAACUUUAGCCCUCCUUAUUUAUAUAGAUGACAAGUUUCUAAUAAACUUAUUUUCCGAGUAGCUAUUGACUUUUUCUUUUGUACUAAUAUCUCACUAAACACUCUAACAGUUAGAUUAGCUUAGUAGGAAGUGUAAAUAUAUAAAUAUUUAUACUUCCUACGACUAUAACUCUUAAUUCUAUUCUAAAUUCUAUUCUCUUGUUAAUCUUCUUUAUUUGAAACUUCUUUAUUUGGAACUUCUUUAUUUUACUAAUAAUUCAUUCGUUAAGAAACAUUGUUUACAAUACUAAUGAAAGACAAUGAUAUCCAUAGAAAUAUAAAACUGUGGUGUGAAUACCGACGCCCUCUUUACAAGUUCCCAAAAUAAACUAAGAUGUAGGAUUUAGGUAUAGGAUGUAAAGAAAUGUAAAGAAUUUCCGUCUCACGUCACACUGUUGGCAACAGAUUGCUUUCCGUAAGAGGUGCCGAACCUGCAUAGUAUAACCCUUUCAGACCCUAGAUUUUUUUUCUUUCAGAUUAAAUAUAUUUUCGUGUUUUGGAGCCAAGCCAUCUUGCCGUCACGCACGAGACCACUGCACCACCUAACCGCUAAAAUAAUUUCUUAUUGGCUGGUUUAGAAUUUCACUAUCAUGUUAUUUCAGCUUCGUGCGUAAAAAUGAAUUGCGCGCGGUUUUAGAAUUGUUUAAAGUUACAACUCACGUCCGUAUCGUUCAGGUCUGAAAGGGAUAGUGGGUUUUAUUUUCGAGUUUUUUUAAUUGUACACAUUGUUCCUUUAUUAAGAGUAGAGUUUGAUUCAUAAUAAAAUUAUAUUUGUCGAAUAUUUAAGGAAUUCUUUAAGAAAUAUGAAUAGAAGAAAUAUUGUAGCAUGUAAUGCAAACAUAAAUAAACAUAGCAUCUUAGAUACCUGUAUAAAUAUUUUAUUGUAUUUUCUAUUUUUAUUUUUAUCAUAUUUUUCUCGUCAUUAAUGAAAUAUUUACAGUAUAUAUAUAUAAAUAAAUUAUGAUUAAACACAAUAAUCAGGUGAAACUUUAUUGAGCUUUUGUUAGUUCCUAUUUCUAAUCUGAUGUAUUUGCAGUAAUGUAUAUAAAACAUAACUUUUAAAUAAUCACAUUUGUAAGUUGAAUAUAUUAAAAAUAUCACAUGUUUUACUCUAUAUUUUAUUUAUUUUUAAACCGCUCAAGUAUAAUAUAGAAUUUGUAUAUAGGGAUCAAGAGUAUAAAAUAGUAUUAAGAAGUUUAAAGAGGCUAACUAGUGUGUGUUGUACAAAGAUUGUUGCUACCUGCAUUCACAUUACGUCCAUAAGUUAUAAAGGUUUACUACACCUUCCGUGGAGGGUAAAUGUAGAAGCCAUGUGUAUGGAAAUCUAAGAUUCCGAAACUAUCCAUUAGAGGCGCAUCUAGAAUUUUUAGUCAAUCACUUAAAUUUAUGUAAAACUCACACUAGAGAAUAUAUAUCCUUGUAAAGUAUUCAGAACUUAUUAAUUAUGAUAUGAGACCUCGUUUAUGUUUGUAGAUUAUAUGUAAUGUAUUAGAUUAGAUUUUAUGUGAAUAAAAAAAAAAAAGAAAUCUUAAUUUAAUAUUGUAUUGAUGUAGUAAAUUAAAUAUAAUUUUAUUGACCGUUCAUCGUUUUAAUUAGUGCCAAAGAGCCUAUCUUUAAAUGUUUACUGCCGGACUCCAUUUAAAACAUACAGUUAUGUCGACUUUAUUCAAACUGAACUGCAUUGGAUUUAAAACUAGCCAACCAAAGUAGCAAUUAAUAUUUCAAAUGGAGUUCAUCUAUAUACACAUAUAUUAAAUACAGUGUAUAUGAGUGACUUUUGUCAUCUUGACAAUUUCCUCAUACUUACCAAGUGUUGUAUUCGUUUCAUUACAUCGUAUCGUUCGCAUGCCCACAUACAUAACUAUGGACUUGAGUAACAAAAUUGUCAACUGAGACAAAAAAGCUUCAACCGUGAUAGCGUAUAUCUAUAUGUGUUAGCAUGCAUAAGUGAUAUUUGUCAUCAUGACAAUUUCGUCAUUUUUUUUAUCAAAUUUGUACAUGUUGGUUAUCAACGUGUACGUAACGUAGGCAACGUAGUUGUAUUCAUGUACACCUAUUAUAAACUGGAUAAGAAUGACGAAAUUGUCACAGUGACAAAUUUCGCUCAUGCCUUUCUUGAUAAAAAAAGCACCUUAAGUAAAUAAAUUUUUAUGAUGAAUUUUUAAAUGUAGACACUUUACUGUUGUUGAUAUUUAAAAAUCUUACAAUUAUAUAAAAAUAUAAAGCGACCUAAUGCUAGGGAUGAAUUUGAUUGGCAGUUUGUAAUAGAAUAAAUUUUCGCCGGCGCAUCAUAAUUGCAUAAAAUGAUAGAGUAAAUUUGUGUAUUUUUAAAUAAACAAAAAAAAGAAACUAUUAAAUACUUAAUUUAGUGUUCAUAAUCUAAUUAUUACAUACAAAUACAUUAUAGUUAAGCUCUUAUAUCGUGUACGCAUGCGACAGAUACAAUUAAAAGAGAUCUCAUACAUUAUAAAUAUCGGAUAUAUGGCUAAUUUUAUAAGAGAGAGUGUGCGGAUUGGUUCAGAAUGUAAUAUUUGUAUUUAAUGUUGUUCAUAACUAUUUGUAGCUAAGGUGUAAGAAAUUACAUAAGUUUCGCCUUGAUCGUUUAACAAACUGUUGUAUAUGUAAUACCGGUGUAAUGACUGAACGGAAUUCUCUUACAUUCUUUUGAAUUUUCCUUUAUUUCCUUGAAUUUUGAACAAUGCUAUGUAUGACAUGAAAUUUGUUUAACACACCAUAUCUUUUUAAAUGGGCGAUAAUGGAAUGGUAACACCUCCUGCGCUAUCGGUUACGCUGGCGGGGCACCAGUGAGAGAUGCUAGGUGAGAACGAAAGCAGGUGAGGAAUUCCACUAAAAUUGAUCACAAUGGUUUUCAGGUGGAGGUCGCGCUGAUUACUAAUAAUCGAUUCCUCCCAAACACACCAUAUCAGCCAAUAAUUGUCCACUGCUGAACAUAGGUCUCUCUCUCUAUGUGGGUGUUUGGUCUGUAGUUGCCACGCUUGGUAGGUGGGUUGACAACCGCAGUUUUUUUUUGUUUGAUGGGUGAAAAUGGUAUGGUAACCCCGUCUGCGCUAACGAGAUACGCUGGCGGAGCACCAGUGAAGGGUGAUAGAUGAGAAUGAAAACAGGUCAGUUAGCCCAUCGUGACGAAUUCAUCAGGAAUUAAUUAUGAUAGUUUCCAGGGAGAAUCGCGAGGAGAUCGAUCUGGUUGGGUAUAUUGCUAGCAAUGGGAUUCUCAGUCUCCAUUACUAACAAUCCCUUUCGUCCCUGACAACGGCAGUUAGGCAUUCGAGAUGUUUUAAGAGGGAUGCUGCUGCCCAUCCCUCUGACCAUUAAUACUUCAACAUAUUAAUGCUGAUUUAGUUUUAUUUAUUAUGUAAUAUUAUGUAAGUAUUUACGCCCCUUACAAAGUGCAAGCUACGUGUUACAGUCAUGAGAUAUCUCUGUUCAGUCAGUAUGCGGCAUACACUAAUAUAUUAUGUAAC